AUGGUUGUGAACCGUGAUGUCUCGUCUUGGUCUAUGUCCCAUCUCUUGGCCGAAUUAGCACGACGACAACAACAAGAUGAAGCUGGAACGAUCCCCGAGAAACCGGUUUGUGGAUCUGGGGUCAAGGGGAAUUAUAAUACGUCUGCGCAUGUAUAUGCGCUUGUGCUAAUACUCGUCCUGAGUACCAUCGCAUGCGGAUUUCCCCUGAUAUCGCAGCGUUCCUCGAAAUCCGACCAGCCGAAUCGCUUUAUAUUUUUGUCUCAACAUUUCGGCACCGGAGUCCUUAUAGCUACAGCAUUCGUACAUUUAUUACCCACAGCUUUCAUGUCCUUGACGGAUCCAUGUUUACCAUAUUUUUUCAGCCAUGGCUAUCAUCCUCUCGCAGGACUGAUUGCGAUGUUCAGUGCGCUGGUCGUUGUGGGGCUAGAGAUGUUUUUAACGGCUAGAGGGGCAGGCCACUCACAUGCACAUGGAGGAAAUUGGGAUGCUGUGCCUAGCGGAGAGAAUGAAGGGGCGCUAGGGAACGGGAGCGCCAAGAAGAAGGGAAAGCAAACGAAUGGUAGAUUGGGGAAAAUGGGCUUGAAUCGUCGACCACAAGAUAUAGCAUUAAAAGACAUGGGGGAAUCCGAAGGUCUUGUAGCAGGAGUCUCGCCCCUUCCCGUAUCAACACCCCAAACGAGACUCAACGAUAGCUCCGAACGCAAGAAAUAUCAAGACAAUAACAUCUCCGACGACGAUUCGGAUCUGGAUGUCGAACUCGACGAACUGGAUGAUCCUCUCACAAACGUCCCCACCCGUUCUCCAAACGAUCCCGAAACUAGUACCUGCUCCCCAAUCUCAGCAGAAGACUCGCAAAGACGCCAAAUCCUGCAAUGUCUCCUCUUGGAAGCCGGUAUCCUCUUCCACUCCAUCUUCAUCGGUAUGGCCAUAUCCGUCGCCACCGGGCCCCCCUUCAUCGUCUUUCUAGUCGCCAUCGCCUUCCAUCAAUCCUUCGAAGGACUCGCCCUCGGAUCCCGCAUCGCCGCUAUAAAUUUCCCCUCCUCUUCUCCUCGGCCCUGGCUCAUGGUUCUCGCAUAUGGGACUACGACGCCCAUUGGUCAGGCUAUUGGUCUCAUUGUGCAUAAUUUGUAUGAUCCGCAUUCGGCGGCUGGGCUUCUGAUGGUGGGGUUUAUGAAUGCUAUUAGUAGUGGGUUAUUGUUAUUUGCGGGGCUUGUACAAUUAUUGGCCGAGGACUUUCUGAGUGAUAAAAGUUACGGGAUUCUCAAGGGAAGGAGAAGAUGGGAGGCGUUUGUGGCAGUUUUGGGUGGGGGUUGUUUAAUGGCGAUGGUAGGGGCUUGGGCAUAG